UGCUUGCUCGGGGGUUCAGGCUUUGGGUUUCUGCAAAGCAUCUAGAGACAAUUUUGAUUGUAAAAGGUGCUAUAUAAAUAAAAUUGAAUGGAAUUGAUUUAGGCAAUUAUUUAUUUUUCAGGCCACUAUCAAGCGCUUCGGAAAUUAAAUUUGUGCUGUUCUUCUUGAGAGGCUACUUUUCUUUUUUUCAGGUAUUGUCGGUGGUUAGACAAAUAACCCCAGGACUUUGGUGUCUCUUUGACUCCAACUAUGACCUUUUUAACCCCACCCCCUCUCCACCUGAGUCUCCUCCUCCUCUUUCUGUCCUCCCACUCCCCUGUUCUCUCCUGUAGGAAUGGGACUCGCACAGAGUGUGAGUCUGCUCCCUUUGUGCCAGGCCACAACCUGGUGGGGGAGGGCUUUGAUGUGGUCACCCUGCAGCGUAAAGGAGCCUACAUGGUUGACGUGAAUUCUUUUCUCAACUCGGCUGGCAACUGUACUCUCUGCUCCAACCGUCUUCAGGGCAAAAUGCUGCAGAAACUGCCGCUCGCUGCAAAGGACUGGCGUGCAUUCAGCCAUUGUAUUUCUGGCGUUUCUAGCAGUGCUCACACAUCUGCCAGCUCACUGAUUGACUCUUACGCCUCAGAGGACAUUAAACAGUGGAAGGCUAAUCUAAAUAUCGAAAAAUAUGUGUCAGCCAACCUGGAGGUCAGAGGAACACACUCCAAUGUAUACAAGUUUGCUACAGAAAGGACCAGAGAGGAUCGCUACUCCUUCAGCACCCACAGGAUCACCUACACCUAUUAUAAUUACCGUGUGUCAAGCAGACCGCCACUCAGCUCUGAGUUCAGUCAGGAUUUAGCCAAUCUGCCAAGUCACUACAACUCCUCCACCGAGGCUCAGUACAGUGAGCUCAUACAUACCUAUGGCACACACUACAUCCGACAGGUUCGUCUCGGUGGACGAUUCAGGCGAGUCUCAGCUGCACGAACGUGUUUGUCCUCACUGAAUGGAUUCACCGCAAGCAAGGUCCACUCCUGCUUAUCAGAGGGUAUCAACAUAGGCCUGGGGGUGAGCUUAUCCAGUUCUCAACAGUCCUGUGACAAAGUCCUACAGAACAGGGACUUCUCCAGCUCAUACAGCGCUGGUCUCCACCAACACUACACAGAGGUGGUGGGAGGCACUGAUUGGUCUGGGGAGUUUUCACUCACUCACAGUAACUCCCAGGGCUACAGGAAUUGGCUGAACACCCUUAAGGACCACCCAGAUAUCGUUUCAUAUUCUCUCAGGCCAAUGUAUGAGCUGGCACUCAAAAUAAAGCAGAGGGCAGGGAUUAAGGCUGCCAUAGAGCAGUACUUAGCAGACAACGCUGUGAAGAAGUCAUCUAAUGAACCAUCUUGUUACUCUUCCAACCUGAGGUCCAACUGCUGUCCUCUACAUACCUCAAAGGGAAGGCUGGUGGUGACUAUAGUUCGAGCCUGGGAUCUACAAGGAGAUUAUGCCGCCUUUAGUCCAACUGAUGGCUAUGCUAAGAUGUGGUACGGUUCCAACUUUGAAAGGACUCCUACGAUUGAGUCGGAUGAUCCAAGGUGGAACGCUCGUUAUGAUCUGGGAACGGUGGACACACGCUUGGAAUUGAAGAUUGAGGUCUGGGACGCGGACUUGCGUUAUGAUGAUCUUCUGGGAUCAUGUACGAAGUACCUGAGACAGGGGACACACUCAUUCACCUGUGCAGCCGAGGCAGGUGCCUUUGAGGUCAGGUAUACUCUGACCUGUGAUCCGUAUCUGACUGGAGACAAGUGUGACCAUUACAAACCUACUCCACAGUGAGAAAUGCAUUUUGUGGCCACACUAUUCAUGAAUGCUUUUCUUUAAAAGUCCAACUGAAAUCACCUGUAGUCAUCCAUUUCUUGUAUUCAAAAAUAAUGUGGUGCUGGUGGUGGUGGUUUUUAAUGUAUUGUUAGUAGUUUUUGACAGCAGUCAGCAGGUGUGCAGAGUGUUACACCAGAGGCAACACAAAGUGUAACAAAUUUAUGUAACUGUAAUAAAUAAAUAAAUACAUGUUGUUUAACGUGGUGCAGCUAAUUAUCAACUGCAACUGCAAACUUAAGUCAACAGUUUCCACAGUUAAUGUUGGGUUGUUUGUUCAAAAAGCUAAGCUGCAAGACAAGACCUGUGUUCAUGUUUGUCAGUUAUAUAAGGAGAACUGAAACUGCCUCCUCUCAGUUAUAUCUGAGUAAUGCUGAUGAUGACUCUUCUUUGCAAGCAAUAAAGAUCUACAGAGCAUCUGAA